UUCUCACAGUGCCAAGAGAAGUAUGGAUAUUUUACAACAGGACCCUUAUCUGCAGCACGGAACACCUUGUUUUACAACUGUGUUUCAUUGAACCCAGAAAGAGUACAUGACGUAACUUCAUGUCAUGUACCCAUGAAUGCACUUUACUAGGACAGACUAGGAGGUGCAUUCAGCACUCUUUCUUUCUAACUGUGCACAAAACUUGCCAUCUUGGGAAACUCGUACAGCAGGGACACUUUGUGACAGCUGGAUUGUCUUUCCUGUACCGUGAAUUUGGGUCUCUGAGAGACGUCAGCACGAAGGUGCCUCAUUUGUCUCUGCUCACCUUUACUCUACUGUUUAAUCAACUAUCCUGUGCAUCUGGAGGCAAAAUACUGGUGUUCCCAUUGGACGGAAGCCACUGGGUAAACAUGAAAGUACUCAUAGAAGAACUGUAUGUCAAAGGCCACCAGGUCACUGUGGUUCGAGCUUCGGAUAGCUGGUACAUCAGUGAAAACUCUCCUUUCUACACCUCUGUCACACUUCCCUGCACAGGUGGCUUUGAGGAAAACUUUGAAGCCUUUUUGUCUCCACAGCUGGAGAUCCGGCUUCAGGGUAAGCCUACAUCUUUUUGGUCUCGCAUCUGGACUCGUAUUCAGAUGGAGCGGAUGGUUGUGAAUCAGUUCUAUCAGUUCCACAAGAGAAUGAGUGAAAUGGUCGUUCAGAUGUUUGAAGAUGAAAAGCUGAUGCGUUCCCUGCGUGAUGCCAAAUAUGACGUGGUUUUGACUGACCCUGGCAUUGGAGGAGGGGCCUUGCUGGCACGUCGGCUCCAGGUUCCUCUUGUUUUCAAUGUCAGGUGGACCAUUCAAGGUGAAGCUCAUUUUCUUAUUGCUCCUUCACCUCUGGCAUACAUUCCUUUCACUGCAACAGAGAUGACAGAUAGGAUGACUUUCCCUCAAAGAAUCAAGAAUGUUUUGAGUUAUAUCCUUGGGAUGUACACACUAUCAUACAUCACAGAACCACACUACAAACCUGUGGUUCGGCAGUACUUUGGUCCUGAUGUCGAUUACUCAACGUUUUUCCUGGAUGCUGAUAUAUGGCUUAUGAGGAAUGAUUUUGUCUUUGAAUUUCCACGUCCCACGAUGCCAAAUAUAGUCUACAUGGGCGGAUUUCAGUGCAAGCCCCCAAAGCCGCUGCCUGCUGAUCUGGAGGAGUUUGUCCAGAGCUCUGUAGAUCAUGGGGUCAUUAUAAUGACCUUAGGAACUUUAGUUGGGAAGCUUCCUCAAGAUGUCGCUGAAGAGAUUGCUGUAGCCUUUGCUCAGUUGCCUCAGAAGGUUAUAUGGAGGUACAUGGGGCAAAGGCCAGCCAGCCUGGGCAACAACACAUUACUGGUCAACUGGUUGCCACAGAACGACCUCUUAGGACAUCCCAAAACGAGGGUGUUUGUGACCCAUGGAGGCACCAACGGGGUUCAAGAAGCAAUUUACCAUGGGGUUCCUGUGGUUGGACUUCCCUUAUUCUUUGAUCAGCCUGAUAACCUCUCCAGAAUCAGAGCAAAGGGAGGAGCAGUGAUUUUGGAUAUUGCGAUGCUUGAUAGGCACAUCUUUUCAGAUGCACUGAUGACAGUUCUUUACAAUUCCUCUUACAUGGAAAACAUGCAGAGGCUGUCAAGGCUGCACAGAGAUCAGCCCCUGAAACCUCUGGACCAGGCAGUGUUUUGGAUAGAAUAUGUCAUAAGGCAUAAAGGAGCCCGUCAUCUACAGACACAGUCCAACAAAAUGUCUUGGUUUGUUUACAACUCUAUCGAUGUCAUUGCAGCUUUGUUGACAGUUGUUUUGCUCACAACAUUCAUAUGUAUUUCAAUUGUGAGAUUUCUGUGGAGAAUGAUUUUUGUUGGGAAAAAGGUUAAACAUGAAUGACACGAAAAAUAAGAGACUGGUUUUAUGUGAAAUCCAAGCAUUAUCAAACACUAACCCAAAGAGUAGCUGUGUGGGAUGUUGUUAAGUUGACUGCUUUAGAGAAAAAUACUGUGACAUUUUGUUAUUCUUAAAAUAUGAAAAAUAGCCAGCCUGGUGACUUGAUUAAAAGAGUACUUCACUGAUUUAGUAUUGCGUUUCUAUAACAUUGCCCGACUCACAAUGGAUAGUUAAAAAAUAAAAAGAUGAAAAUUGUUGCAGCCAAACCAGAGAUAUCAUCUUUUUAAUUCCAUUCUUCCUUGUCAAAAUCUGGUGCCUACAUUGCCUACAAUGCAGACAUGCAGCAUCAGUCCCUAAGGCCUGUAAAAAGACUGACAUGUGAAAGUAAUUCCCCUUCAAGACCCAUAACUUCACUAUAGCAACAAUAUUUUAUUUCUAAAAAUCCUGAAGAAUGAAGAGCGAAUGUGUUCUGUGACAAACAUAUUCAAGUACAAUCAGUCAGGCUUCUAUUCACAACAAUCCUAUUCAAAGAUGAGUCUUGAUUAUGAUAAACUAGAAAAUGGGAUUUAUUACACCUUAAUAUGUAUUUGUCGCCAUAACACAAACACACUAUGUGACAGUGAUUUAAAAUACACUUGGAGUGUUGCUUUUUUCUACCUCUUUCUGAUUUCAGAUUUUUUGUUACUUACAAAAUGGGAUCACCCACUAGUAAUUUUUUUGUGUGAAAGACAUUCACACUGCAACAUCUGCCUUUGGAAAGAACUGUCUCUGCUGGCUUUGCAUAACUUACUUCAGUGUUCUUGCUGUUUUGAGAAGAUCACACUAAGUGUAGGUCAAGUCAACAGGUUUAUUUUUGAGAUCCACAGCUCCCCACAAUAUAAUGUAUGUGCUAAAAUAUGAAUUUUGGAUGUGGAUAUUAAUGUAAAUGUGAUCUGAACAUGAUGAUUAAAACCUUUUUUGAAAA